CCAGCCACGGGGUGCAGGGGGGACCCAGGACAGAGAGGUCAGGGAGGUACCCUCCCCUAGCCAGCUGGCAUUUCUGCUUGGCUGACACCAAAAGUGCUUCUCUCAUUGGCCACUCUGUUUCCCUGCAGUCUCUCCAUCCCCAGGCCUGGGACAGAGAGGAAUGCAGCAGCUAGGAGCUUCCAGCUCCAGCACCCCAUCCUUGCCUUGUCUUUGGCUGGAGUGGGGCAGGGACCUCCACGGAGCAGGACGGCAUGUCUAGCUGGUGGUUUAAGCCCGAGGGUCUCCUGCCCUCCUAACAGAAGCAGGGCCCAGUUAAAUACAGUGACAAUCCUCCUUGGUACUGACAACAUCCAGGGCUAUCUGUCUCUUGCAGACUCUUAGAACCCCUAACAGCCCCAGGAGGCGGGGAGCACAGGAGUCCACCCCAGGGCAGGGUCUGGGGACACAGAGUGUGUUAGCUAAGCUAUGACAGGCGGUCUGCCCACCUAGGACCCACACAGCAGCCCCUCCCAGUGCCCUGACUCACCCACCAGGCACUCACUCCCUCUCUCCUCCAACUUAGGACAUCUCCACCGGCCCCCGUCCCCGUGCCUCUGCAGGGCCAACUCCAGCUUUUCCUUCAGCCUCCUUUUCGAGGUCCUCCUUUCUGGGCAACCCUCAUUUUCCCCCCAGCAGUCUUCAGGUGCCUCCCUUGGGCUCCCACCCACCUAGCACUUCUGACCCUGGGUGGUAAUCAUCCAUCCACUGGGCUUGACUCCCUCAGGGCUCCCUGAAUCUAGUCCAGUUGCCUUUCUCCAGAAUCAGGGUUCACAUCCAGGCUCCACCACUCACCAGCUAGGGGCCCUUGGGUAAGUCACUAACCUCCCCCAGUGGCCUCAGUUUGCUCAGCUGCAGAAUGGGAAUAAGAAUAAGAGAACUUGCAGAUUAAAUGAGGAGGCGCCUGGCUCAUGAAGCUCCCCGCAAAUGCUGUUAUCUCCAUGCCCCGCCCCAGGCAUACCCAGGGCCCAGCGAGGGGUUUGUUUAUCACAUGGUUGAGAGACAAAGAUACACAGUCUGUGUCGGAAGAAGCCUGACCCUCCUGCUUGGGGUGUGGGUGUCUGCAGGAUGGGGCCUCCUGGGUCAUGAGGGUAGGCUCUACGGGGGAGCACCUUGCAUCUGACACCUCCUACCCGGGCUCCCCCAUCAAGCAUCGCCCAGGAGCCCUUUGACCCCAACGGGGAGUCCAGGGGAUCCCAGGAGCACAGGGGCUGGGCUGGGGUUGGCACCCUUUCAUGGCAGCUGCAUCUGUCACAGCCACCUGGGGAACCUGGCUGGCCCUGCCUGGGCUUCCCGGGAGUCCAGGUGAGAGAUGAGUCCUCAGGUGACAAGGCCCACAGGAAGAUGGCCUAGGGAUGGGAGGCCAUUGGGGGCCUGAUUCACAGCCUUCUGGGAAGUGGGUUAACGGGAUCCCAGAGUCCCGGGCUGGGCCAAGUCUCCUGCUGAUUCAUAGGAGCCGUUACCAAGCCUCUGGGCAGCCCCUCACCCGCCCCCAUCUCUCCCCAAGGCCCUGGGGCCUCCCCAUCAGCCCACCCCCCAGCCUUUUGCCACUGCAGACCCAGGCCCCAGGGUCUGAGCACCUUCCCUCCCCACCCGGACCCCCUCCCUUUCAAGCCCUGGAGAACUUUCUCUGCCCUGCUCCCCAGUCAAGGUCAAGGCCAGAGCCUAGACCUGUGGGGCCCGGUUCCCUUGUCUGCUCCUCCAGAGGCCAGGUCCUGAGCCCCAGAUCCAGGCCCAAGGUAGGGGUCCCAGCUAGAGCCCCCAAGUCCCCUUAACGGCUUAUUUCCUCCCGGAAGCCCCACCUCCUCCCUGUGACCCACAGCCCAGGGUGGCAGGGACUGAGCCACUCACCUGGGGGACUGGUCUGACGGCAUUCCGCCUCCCAGGAUAAAACCUGGUGCGGCCUGCAGAGAACCCUGCGCACUCUUGUUGGCAGCUGUGACCCAAUCCGCCAUGGUGGUUCCUGGGACUCCAGCCCUGGGGGGGCGCUGCCCCAGGAUCUUAACCUCCCUGCUGCUUCUGGUUGCUACAGCCACCCUUGCUGCUGCCGAGACAACUGAGCCCCCAGCCUGUGGGAGGCCCCAGCGGCUGAGCCGGAUCGUGGGUGGUGAGGACAGCACUGAUGCCGAGUGGCCCUGGGUCGUGAGCAUCCGGAAGAACGGCACCCACCACUGCGCGGGCUCCCUGCUCACCAGGCACUGGGUGGUCACGGCGGCCCACUGCUUCAAGGGCAAUCUGAACAAACCAGCCCAGUUCUCUGUGUUGCUGGGGGCCUGGCAGCUGGGGAACCCUGGCCUGAGGUCCCAGGAGGUGGGUAUCGCCUGGGUGCAGCCCCACCCUGUGUACUCCUGGAAGGAAGGCUCCAGUGCUGACAUUGCCCUGGUUCGCCUGGAGCACUCCAUCCAGUUCUCUGAACGAGUCCUGCCCAUCUGCCUGCCUGAUUCCUCCGUCCGCCUCCUUCCGGACACCAACUGCUGGAUCGCUGGCUGGGGGAGUAUCAAUGAUGGAGUGCCCCUGCCCCACCCUCAGACCCUCCAGAAGCUGAAGGUUCCCAUCAUUGACUCGGGGGUCUGCAGCCGCCUGUACUGGCGGGGAGCUGGGCAGGGAGCCAUCACUGAGGACAUGCUGUGUGCCGGCUACCUGGAGGGGGAGCGGGAUGCCUGUCUGGGCGACUCCGGGGGCCCCCUGAUGUGCCAGGUCGGGGGCACCUGGCUGCUAGCGGGCAUCAUCAGCUGGGGUGAGGGCUGUGCGGAACGCAACCGACCCGGCGUCUAUAUCAGCCUGGCUGCCCACCGCUCCUGGGUGCAGAGGAUCGUGCAAGGGGUGCAGCUCCGCGGGCACUCGCAGGGGAGCGGGCCUGCAGGGCGCCGGGGCCGGGCUCUGGGAUCCCCGCUCCGUUCAGGGGCCGCUGGGAGCCGCCGGGCUUAGGGAUCUAGGAAGACCCCGCUGUUUCCUCGGUUGUAAAUAAGCCGUCUACCUCCUGGGGACGACCGCGUGCCGGCACCGGAUCGCCUCGCUGGGAGGCCCCGCCCGGCCCGGCCCGGGGCUCAGGCCCCACCUCCUGGGCUGGGAGUGCCUUUGUGUAUAUACAUGUUAAUUAUUUUUACAGUUAUUUGUAACCCUGCCCACUUAUCUUAUUUAUUCCUCCAAUUUCAAUAAAUUAUUUAUU